AUGAGCGGCAUUGAGACCAAGAGCCCGGGCUUCUUCACGCGAGGCAUACGCGAGAAGCAGUCGGACAGGAGGGGCUUUGACACCGACCGCAUGAUCUUCCGCGAUGACGAGCUGAGCUAUGCACUGGGAAAGGACGGCGCCACCCGGAAGAAGCUGGAGCUCGCCUCCGGGGCCAUCCUGCAGUACGUGGGCCACGUGGCCUUUAUCGCGGGCACUUUGAAGGAGCGCCGGCGGUGCCGGGAGUUUGUGCCCCGCCUUACCUUCUGA